CUAACCCCACAACAGUACAAUCAGUCUGUAUAUGCAGUAAAGCAUGCUUGUUAUACUCACUGUGGAACCUAAGGGGUUAAUCCUCUGCAUUGUGUAAAAAGGUUAUCCCCCCUUUUUCUAUUGUCCCCAAGUCAUCUGCUGAUAGUACAGACCUCUAGGAGUCACUCUGCACAUGCUCAGUUUAGUGUGUAUGGCUAGAGAGGUUGUUUUUUUUUGGGAGGGUGCAUGUGAUCUGCACAGGGCCAAUCAGCACUGUCCAGACAGGGAGUCAAGGAUUAUGCAGCCUCAUAGGACA